CAUUUUCUCUCUCCACUCCUUAUUAUGUAUCUCUAUUAUUUUUAGUUCUGAAGAGUAGAAGUCUUUGGUAGGAAAAGCAACCAUGGCAGCCACAGCUUCCCCAAUGGCCAGUCAGCUGAGGAGCAGCUUUGCUUCUUCAACAAGGGGACUGAUCAUCCCUAAGGGUAUCUCUGCAGCUCCAUUGAGAGUCUUACCCUGCAGGAGAAACUCUUCCUUCACCAUCAAAGCUGUCCAGACAGACAAGCCCACUUACCAAGUUAUUCAGCCCAUCAAUGGUGACCCAUUUAUCGGGAGCCUCGAGACUCCGGUAACAUCAAGCCCAUUGAUCGCUUGGUACCUCUCCAACCUCCCGGCCUACCGGACAGCCGUGAGCCCACUUCUCCGGGGAAUUGAGGUUGGCCUGGCGCACGGCUACCUCCUAGUUGGGCCUUUCGUCAAGACAGGCCCGCUAAGAGAUACACCGGUUGCCGGCCCAGCCGGAUCUCUAGCAGCAGGAGGGCUUGUAGUUAUACUAAGCAUUUGCCUAACAAUGUAUGGGAUUGCAUCAUUCAAAGAAGGAGAGCCAUCGACUGCACCGGCAUUGACUUUGACUGGAAGGAAGAAGGAGCCAGACCAGUUGCAGACUGCUGAUGGUUGGGCCAAGUUCACUGGUGGGUUCUUCUUUGGUGGCAUUUCUGGGGUCAUUUGGGCCUAUUUCUUGCUCUAUGUCCUUGACCUUCCUUACUACGUCAAGUAAAAAAAAAAACAAGUUUAUUAGGACUCUUGUCUCUUUGUGUUGGUGAUGUACCUAUUUAGGAUUUGAAUUUGGGAAAUGAAAGUUUUUAUAUUGGAGGAGGAAUCACUUCAAGGAUGAUUGUUAUGUAUGGAAUUUGUCAUUUGUUUUGUGAAAUUGUGUAGAUAUCAUUGCUGAA